GUGCGAGCCGUGUGCGCGUCGCCGCCGGUACAGUGUGCGUAUCGGACUGAACGCCGCGAUAAAUAACAAAAUAUAAUAUCGUCGAGUGCGACAACGUGCCGGUACGCGGACGCGAUUAGAUCUGUUGGGCGCGCGCGGUCGUCUUAUCUCGCGGCCACAAUUGUGUCUGCGUGCGCGCGUGUGAGUGGGUGCUCGGCGAGAUAUACCCACACUCGCGCACGAUCAGACCCACACACGCACGCCAGGUACGCAGUGUCUGUUCGACGGCGCGCGUUUAAACGUAUCUCGUGUGGUCGCACGCACAGCGGGACACAGCUGAAGCCAACGGGUCGUGGUCGAGGUGAGCGGUGCAGGGCAGAGUCCGCGAGAAAUACGUCCAAAGACGACGACGACGAUAUAAUUGCACACGCGUACGGCGACGGCGAGCUCGAUGGCGGCGGCGGAGGCGGCGGAGACGGACGAAAACCCGUCGUCGGUGGUGCUGGCAAAAGUGCUGGCCAUGGCGUUCCUGGGCGUGUCAUCGUUCGUGGCCGGCAGCACGCCAGUGUGCGUGUUCGAGCGGCUGGGCAUCCGGCGGCGGGCCCGCGGCGCCGCCAACACCGCGCUCCGGUUGAUACUCAACUUCGGCGGCGGCGUGCUGCUGUGCACCACGUUCCUGCACCUGUUGCCCGAGGUCCGGGAGGGCGUCGAGCAGCUGACCGCCGACGAGACGCUCGACCCGAAAUCGCCCUGGUCCGGCCUGCUCGCCGAGCUCAUCAUGUGCUCGGGCUUCUUCUUCAUGUACUCCAUCGAGGAGCUGGUGCACGGGUUCACCGGCGGUGACUGUCACCCGCACCACAGCGGCAGCGGCCAAAGCACCACGGACCGCGGCCGCGGCGACGACGACGUCGCCGCCGCCGCGCCCCCCCAACAGCGCCGCGGCGACGCGUCCGCCGCCGUCGGGCAAUCGAACGCCGUCGGAUGCGAGAAGACGGACGCGGCCCCCGGGCGGGUGGUCAACUACAACUCGUGCAUGUCUUCCGUAGAACUGGCGGCGGCCGUCAAGAAACCGGUGCCGGCCGCAGCGCCCGCGUCCGAGUCGGUCGUCCGCGGCUUCCUGGUCAUCGGCGCGCUCAGCAUACACGAACUGUUCGAGGGCUUGGCAGUCGGCCUGGAGAAGACUUCCACACAGGUUUGGUCACUUACUGUGGCCGUUGCAUGCCAUAAGCUGGUUAUCGCAUUUUACGUCGGAUUACAGAUGCUUUCAGACAGGACAAAGCCAUUACUAGCACACUGUUCAAUAUUGAUUUUUGCUAUCACGUCUCCGAUAGGUAUUGGCGUAGGCACUUUGGUCAGCAAUCUCGAAGAAACAAACAGUGUGCUCCUAUUUUCAAUCGUUCUACAAGGAUUAGCUACCGGCACGUUGAUGUAUGUGGUGUUCUUUGAAGUGCUCAAACCGUCCGCUGGAAAUUUACAAAUUAAACAAAGAAUAUUACGACUAUUGUUUAUAGCUAUUGGUUUUGUUUCAAUGCUUUCUAUUCAAUUGCUUAUAUCCGAACCCGAAUAAUAUUUGUCAACUAAUUUACAUGAACCUAAACAGAUAAAUAUGUAUAUAUGACUAUAUUAUGUCCAUUUGUACAUUUACCCAUUUACCCACGCAAUUACAAGUUGGACAUAAGAUAUUAUGUAUAAUUAUAUAUCAUAAUACUAUAUAUUUUUGAUAAUAAAUAAUAAUAUAUCAAUACAUUACA